UCACUUUCUCGUCAGUGUGUUGUUUUUUUAUUUUGAUUCCAACAUACUUGAUUGCCCUAGGGUCCGUAGGAAAGCUCCUGAGUUUUUUUCUUUUACUUGUAACUAUCGAUAAAACUGGUUCGCUGUUAAAGCAGAAGAACAGCGUGCUUUUUUGAGACAGAAUCUCUAUUUAUUUUCUGAGGGGAAAAGUUGUGAAAAUGAAGCCUUUCUUUAAAUCGCUUGCAGGGAUCUUGUUUUUACUCGACCACGUUGCAUCUAGUGUUGGAUCAGAUGAAGUGUUGGUGUCUGUGAUGGAGGAGGAUUCAGUCAUUUUUCACACUAGUGUUGUAACAAACCAACAAGAGGAUAUUAAAUGGUAUUUCAACACCACUCGCAUCGCUCAAAUCAAUGGCCAAUUCAGUUUUAUCUGUACAGAUGUUCAGUGUAACAAAGGUACUGAGAGAUUCAGAGACAGACUGAAACUGGAUAAUCAAACUGGAUCUCUGACCAUCAUGAACAUCACAACCAUGGACUCUGGAGUUUAUGAACUGAAGGUUAUUAGCAGCAGCAGCAGCGGUGAAAAAAUCUUCAAUGUUAAUGUCAAUAGUAUUUCUGCUGCUGAACAAGAAGAAGUGAAAACAAACAAGGGAGAAUCUUUCACUUUAGAUUCCAGUGAAAUAAGAAAACCAAACAUUGUGAUGACAUGGUAUUUUAAUGACGCUCUCAUUGCUCAAAUUCCUGGUGAUUCCAAUAAAACCUUUACAGAUAUUCAGUGUAAAAAUACAGAUGAGGGAUUCAGAGCCAGACUAGAGUUGAAUCAGACUGGAUCUCUGGCCAUCAAAGAUACCAGAAUCACAGACUCUGGACUUUAUAAACUACAGAUCAACAUCAGCGACAGCAGCUUCAGCAUCACCAGAGUGAAGACAUUCAGUGUUACUGUCACUGGUCUGUCUUCAGCUGCUGGAGUAAUUGGUGCUGUGUUUGUUUUGCUGGGGAUUGCAGCUGUAAUUGCUGGUGUGUUUUGUUGUCGCCUCAAGAGAUAUAAACCAGCAGCACAGACUGACAAUGAUCCAAAAGACAUCGCUUUGAAGGACACAGACAUCCUUAAAUCAGACUCAGGACAAGCCUAAAAUCGAUGUACCAUCAUUUACCAUUUUGAUACUUUCAUUGAAAGGUACACUAAAGAGAAUUAGA